AUGGCAGAGGAGGGGCAGCUGGAGGUGCCUGAAGUGGUUCCUGAGCAGCUGUCUGCACUGGGGCAGGCAUCGGCAGUGCAGGGGCCUGCGCUGGAGGAGGGCUUCGUCAGCAAACGAUCUGUACGGUUACAGCGCUCCUUCCCACUGACAGCUGUCAUCGGCCAGGAUCAUAUAAAGCAGGCUCUGCUUCUGGGAGCAUGCGACACUGGCCUGGGUGGGGUGUGCAUUGCUGGAAAACGAGGAACAUGCAAGUCUGUGCUUGCGAGAGGGCUGCAUGCACUGCUGCCUCCCAUUGAGGUGGUCAAGGGCAGCUACUGCAACGCCAACCCUGAGAACCCAAGGGAGUGGGAGGACGGGCUGAGGGCAAAGCUGGGACAGGGAGAGGUCCCAAGGGAGAUCAAGGAUGCACCCUUUGUGCAGAUCCCCUUGGGCGUGACAGAGGACAGGCUCGUGGGCACUGUGGACAUUGAGGCCUCCAUGAAGGAUGGGAAGACAGUUUUCCAGCCGGGCCUACUGGCGGAGGCGCACAGGGGCAUCCUGUACGUGGACGAGAUCAAUCUGCUGGACGAUGGCAUUGCCAACCUGCUGCUGACCAUCCUGUCUGACGGCGUCAAUGUGGUGGAGCGAGAAGGCCUCUCUGUCUCUCACCCGUGCCGACCACUGCUCAUAGCCACGUUCAACCCGGAGGAGGGGCCCUUGAGGGAACACUUGCUGGACCGCAUUGCCAUCACGCUGUCUGCAGAUGUUCCCUUCGACUUCAAGGACCGCGUGACCGCCGUUGAAGCAGCCCUCCGCUUCCAGGACCAGCCGAUGGCAAUGGUGGGUGAGAGCGAGGAGCUGACGGACGGGCUGCGCACGCAAGUGCUGUUUGCGCGCGAGUACCUGAAGGACGUGGGGAUCGGGGAGAAGCAGGUGGAGCGACUGGUGCAGGAGGCCUCGCGCGGCGGCUGCCAGGGGCACCGCGCUGAGCUCUUUGCUGCCCGCGUUGCCAAAGCCUCGGCCGCCCUUGACGGGAGGGACAUGGUGAACGCGGACGACAUUGCUAAGGCGGUGCAGCUGGUCAUUCUGCCGCGUGCAACGACACUGAACAACAACGAUGAGCAACCCCCAAACCAGCCACCGCCGCCGCCGCCACCCCCGCCGCCGCCGAGCGCCGAGGACGAGCAGGACCAGGAAGAGGAGGAGCAGCAGGAUGAGGACGACCAGGAGACUCCAGAUGAGCCAGAGGCGGACCAGAUCCCGGAGGAGUUUGUGAUAGAGUCGGACGGGACGGUGCUGGACCCGACAGUGAUGGCGUUUGCGACGAACCAGCAGCGUGCGCUCGGCAAGAGCGGCCGCUCCAAGUCGCUCAUCUUCUCAGAGGACCGCGGCCGCUACAUCAAGCCCAUGCUGCCCAGAGGUGACAAGGUGAAGCGGCUUGCAGUGGAUGCCACUCUCAGAGCGGCUGCCCCCUACCAGAAGGCGCGCCGCAACCGCGCCAUAGCAGAGAACAAGAGAGAGCGCAAGGUGUAUGUGGAGAGGGGUGACAUGCGCAGCAAGCGGCUGGCGCGCAAGGCGGGUGCCCUGGUCAUUUUUGUGGUGGACGCCUCCGGCAGCAUGGCCCUCAACCGCAUGUCCUCCGCCAAGGGCGCUGCGCUGACGCUGCUGCAGCAGAGCUACACAUCACGCGACCAGGUGAGCGUGAUCCCCUUCUGCGGCGACAAGGCGGAGGUUCUCCUGCCGCCCUCCAAGUCCAUCGCCAUGGCGCGCCGGCGCCUCGACUCCCUGCCCUGCGGCGGCGGCUCCCCGCUCGCCCACGGCAUCUCCCUGGCGGUGCGCACGGCGAUAAACGCGCAGACGAGCGGCGACUGCGGGCGCAUAAUGAUCGUGCUGCUGACGGACGGGCGCGCCAACGUGAGCCUGGGGAAAUCCAAUGAGGACCCCGAGGCCAUCGCAGAAGGCGCCCCCAAGCCCAGCCAGGAGCAGCUCAAGACAGAGGUCCUGGAUAUGGCCAAGCGCGUGGCCGCCUCCGGCUUCAAUCUGCUCGUCAUCGACACCGAGAACCAGUUUGUGUCGACCGGAUUUGCCAAGGAGAUUGCCACUGCAGGCGCUGGCAAGUACUACUACCUGCCCAACGCCUCAGAGCAGGCCAUUGCUGCUGCAGCCUCUGGAGCCAUGGCAGAUGCAAUGGCCAUGUGA